AAUACAGCAGCUUGUAAAGCCAUCAGUGGUGAUGAUUGAAGAUUACAUGGAGUAGGCGAAGUCUUAGCCAGAGACUUGGAGGCAAGGGUUGAGAGACGUGGAGCAUCAUAGAAAACGUGUGAGAGCGACCCAUCACUCCACUACCUCCUCCAUCUCCAUUAUACUCGGGAAAACUAUUUUCUCGCAACUAUUGAUCAUCAUGCUGGUUAGAAGACUCGCAACAUUGUCCUUGUUGGCAUCAAUCAACAAAAUUGCUCCUGCUUGAAUAGUCGAUCUUUUUACCCUCUUCUUUCUUUGGGCUUGUAUAUAGAAAUUUACUUUGUGUAAAUAAUCUUCUUCUGAUUGGUUUUGCAUACCAUUUUCAAUACAUACUGCAUUCUUCUAUAAAUUUCUUUGAAAAAUUUAGUAAACGCUAGUCAACAUGGAUGAUUCAAGGACCAUCGAGCCACCAAGUGGAACAUUUGGCAUUCCUAAAUGGAUAAUGAAAAAAGGAAUGAUUAGAGAUGGCAACACUAUAAUAGGUGUGUGCUCUUCUGAAAACUUUGCUAAUAUCAGCUCUGCACCUAAACUUGUCAUUACCCCUGAUGGACUCUCCACCAAGACUGAAACACCGCAGGUGACACCUGAAAUUCGUGAUGUUCAGCCACUUCUUGUUUUGAACUUAGGAGGAGAUUCUAAGUCUUCUGGUGGAGGUGGUGAUAGCUUAGUAGUUAAUGAGUCUACUCAAUUACACCAGCAGUCUGCACAGAAAGAGCUUGCAACCACCACCACCACUGCUUCAGUUGAGAAAAUAUGCAAAGAUAUUUCUAUGAAGACAGAGCCUUCUCUAUUUGAUGGAUGUUCCACCAUAAACAAAAUUGAAGAGAAUAAAAUAAACCUUGUGGGAAAGGUUAAUUUAAUUCCCAUUGCAACAAGUCCAGAAGUUGCUCAUCAGCCUUCUCCACAUAACACUCCCUAUACAACUCCUUUGCCAUCUCCACACCAAUCACCACAGCAAACACGCAAAGUAAUGGGAGUUCUAAUGGAAAAAUCUAAUAAAACCUCACUUCACAGCUAUUUCUGCACAAAAUCUUUCCCAGGCUCUCAGCAAAGCUCCAACUUACUGCCAGAAAUGGCAGAAGAAGCAACUGAAGUAUCUCUCUCCUCAUCAUCUACUAUAAAGACACUUCAAAUGGAAAAUGGGAUCAAUACUGCUCAGUCAUUAGAUCCUAACUCGAAGCCAGUCACAGGUAAACGUCGGCAAAGGCCAAAACCUUCAUCAUUAAGAGAAAAGAACUUUUGGGCUCCUACUUCAAUGUAAUAUUUGUUAGCGUAAAUGAAAAAGAUACCUGUAGGUGCCUCAAGGUUUAAUGUUUGUUUAUCUUAUUGACUAUCAUAAAUUCUAAAGAUGCGGGAACUGUUUUUGGGUAAAUCACGUUCUUUUUAAGAAUUAAUACAGUUAAAAUAAAAAUGGGUUGGUCUAAAUCUUAGGUACAGGAUUAGUUUCCCUUUCUCCAGGAAAAUAAGUAUACAUUGAUAGUUGGUGUAAAUAAAAAUGACUUAACAUGCCAUUCCUGUCUUGAUUGGCUCUUGAUAUAAAGU